AUGUUUCGAGGAGGUCAAGUCAAUCCGUACGACGACAUCGUCGUCAAAGCGACCGAUGAGAACCAGACGAGCGAGAACUGGGAAAUUUUGUUGAAUUUGUGCGACAAGGUCUCUGAAGAAGGAGAACAAGGGGCAAGGAAUGUCAUUGCCGCGCUUCUCAAGCGUCUCACACACCGCAAUGCCAAUGUCCAGCUCUAUGCAUUAUCCGUUUCAGAGGCCCUCUCCAAGAAUUGCGAUAUCACAGUGCAUCGCGAGAUUGCGUCCAAGGCGUUCACUCAAGGUCUUGAGAAGCUCGCCACAGAUAGGAAUGGUCAUGAGAAAGUAAAGAAACGUGCUCUAGCUCUCAUCAAGAUGUGGGCUGGCGAGUUUGCAUAUGAUCCUCAACUUGGGUUGAUGGAAGAGUGCUACUCGAAUCUCAAAUCCAAAGGCAUGCGAUUCGAAGAUGCAGAUGCAGCUCCUGCUCCAACAUACGAUGACGAAGCACGUCGUCGCGAAGAAGAAGAGCUCCAACGCGUCUUGGAAAUGAGUUUGCAUGACAAGGGCGGGCGUGAUCGCUGGGCUGAGUAUACGAAUGCUGGGGCGAGCGGAUCCGGAUCCGGCUCUGGUGCUGGAUUCGCUGGGUCCAGUUCUGGGCCAGCCUAUACGCCUGCUGCCCACCCUGCCGUUGCGGCCUCUUCAUCCAGGCAGGAUACGAUUCCCGCUCCCGCCCCAGCCCCGGCUCCAGCUCCAGCUCCUGCCCAAGUCUCUAGCCCAGCUCCAGCUCCAUUUUCAGCGCCAGCUCCCGCGCCAACCGCGGCCCCGUCUUACUCUGCCCCGGCCCCCGCUGCGCAGUCCCCCGUGACCGAAGCGGCGCCGCUUGACCCAGGCACGAUGCAAAUUGUCAAACGCGUCAAGGCUCUGCACGAUUUCAACGCCACCGAACAAGGCGAGCUCUCAUUCAAAAAGGGCGACGUUAUCAAAAUUGUCGAUCGGUGCUACAAGGAUUGGUGGAGGGGUCAGAUCAAAGGCACUGUUGGGCUCUUGCCUGUCAAUUAUGUCGAACCCCUUCCAGAGCCGACGGCUGCUGAACUUGCCAAGGAGGCAGAGGCAGAGGCAUUGUUGCGCGAGUUUGAUCCCGCGACUGAUAACCUGAACGACAACGAAGAAAUCCAGUAA